AUGUUAGAGAGAUUAACAAGCUUGUUUGUGCAAAGUUUAUUUGUUCAACCAAGAACUAUCAAUCCUUUUGCUGGACUGCAUACAUCAUCAAUUACCAUGGCAGAACCUUUAAAAAAGAAGAAAAGAGUUGGCGUAGCUGAUAGCCAAAUUCAAGUAACUAGAAAAGUUAGAAGAAUUGAAAAAGAAAUCAAACGCCUUAAUCGUUUCGAUCGAAUAUUAAGACCAAUUGAAGAAAUAGAAGGAGAUCGUCAAUUAAAGAAAGAAAUAAAAUUACGUCAACGUCCAUUAAUAGAUAUUAGUGAAACAGAAUUAGAUGAACGAAUAAGUAUUUGGAAGAAUUGGACACGUUAUCAAGGAAAAAUAGCACACAAUGAAAUGAUUAUGUAUAGUUCAGCAAUUAAUGCACAAGAGAAUGCUUUAAAAUGGUUAUAUAAAACAUCACCUCAUUUAUAUAAAGAAGCUAUUCAACCUUGUCCUGAAUUAAUUCAAUUAUCAGAAUUAUCAAUUAAUAAUAAUAAUAAUAAUAAUUCAGAACUAAUCAAACAAAAUCAAAUUCAUUAUUUCACAACAAUAAUAGGUCCAUAUAUAACUGCACCAAAAUUACAUGGAGAAUUAAUUAAUUCCACUAAAGAAUAUGAACCACCAGAUGGUGAACAAAUAGAUACAACAAUUCAAUUAACUUAUGAAUUUGAAAUUGAACCACAAUUAUUAGCUCAACCAAAAAAGAAAAAAUUUAUAUUAACAAAAAAAUAA